AUGGACGCUCAAGCGGCAGCAGGACCCAGUACGAGGCAGCAGCAGGGAGAGGAGGUCGACCUUGAGUGGCUCGAACUCAUCAAGACCAACCAUGAUGUGACUGUUCGCGUAGCAGACAAGGUCCCCUUGGACGGCUUACCGCUGGAGUGCAAUCUCCUGGCGGUCUCGAAUAUCUGGGGACUGGUCAUUGUAGGGGCAGCAAGCGGUGUCCACAUACAUCGUCUCUCAGAGGUACAUACUCAGCUUGAGGGCGCUGCAAAGGACCAAACACCAUCGAGCACGCCCAUCCAGACAAUCGCGCUCCCUGGUCGUCCAAUAUGGGUCCGGCUGGCAAUGAAUGACGAGCGCUUAAUCGUUUCAAGCGCGAACGGUACCGGUCUUCACUGCUUCCGGCUCGCAGAUAUCCUCCGCGGCCAGACAACCCCAUACCAUUCCUUCACCGCCAACAUCCCCUCUCAACUAAUCGACCUCCUACCGAAUCCAGCCGUCGAGCCGCCAUCGCGGUUCGUGGCGCUACUGGCGAAGGAGGGGAUGGUACUGGCGGAUAUAGAGGAGAAGAGAUUGCUGGAGCCAUUAGCAGGCCCUUUCACGUCUGGGUGCUGGUCCUCCAAAGGCAAGCAAAUCGUCCUAGGUACACCGGACGGCCGACUGGUCCAAUAUUCCCCAGAAGGCGUCGCCAAAGCCGAAAUCCCCCCUCCACCUCAACUGCAGGGGUCGAAAUACCCUUCCGCUAUACAAUGGGCGGAUACCAACUCAUUCAUCGUAUCCUACGCUGCCACAAAUGAUCGGCCAAACGGUUCCGUCGACCUCUUCACCAUCACCCGCACCAAAUCGGAGAUCGUCUAUUCGUCAUAUUACGACCCGCUCGAUGCGAUGGGCAUUCCCAGUCGCUCAGCUGCCUUCCGGUACUAUGCGGCGCUGAAGAACUGGGGAGACCGCACGAAGCACCUCGGCUUCUUGGCAUCUGGAAUCGCGUCAGAAGUGGCAGUUCUGCACGGAACGGCGGAGGAGUGGUCACUAGGCGUCCUGGACGAGAAGGCGAGGGGGAUCAUGCCGAUAGGCAGGAGGGGUGUAUCAGACGAUACGGCCUGCUUGGGGAUGGAGCUGGAUCUGACGAGCGAUAAGCCCAUUCGCAGAGGGAUUGUCGAUGGGGUGGAGAUGCCGGAUCUACCACCAGCGCCGAGAAUAUUGGUGUACAGCCAAAACGGGGUGCUCGUUUCGUACAAUGUGCAGAACUCGUCGGCGGGCUCAUACCCAGGGAUGACCGUCUCGAGGGAUAUCACCAAUGAGACUGGAGGAGAAGAGGACGCAAUGGGCGAAGCUAUGUCUGGGACGACAACGCCAACCCCGGCGGCCGCGGCCGCAUCAUCCGCGUUCGGUGGCUUUGGCUCAUCGUUCGGCUCUGCCCUCGCCCAACCAUCCUCGUCAUCGCCGUCUGCCUUCGGUCAGUCUUCGACGCCGGCCUUUGGCGCUGCGCCCGCAGCUUUCGGUGCUUCAUCCGGAGCUACCGGAUUUGCUGGCUUCGGACCACAGUCCACCACUCCCUCCUCCACACCUGUCAAACCGGUAUCCGCAUUCGGCGCAUCUGGUCCUACAACAUCAGCCUUCGGCCAGACUUCGACCACACCCUCCGCCACUCCAACCAAGGCCAGCGCCUUCGGCAGCGGCUUUGGCCAGACCUCCACCGCAACUCCCGCAGCCUUCGGCAGCUCCGGCUUUGGCCAAUCAUCCGGCUUCGGACAGUCCUCCGCCCCAUCCGCGGCAUCAACAACGCCUUCAUCGACACCGGCGAAACCCAGCGGCUUCGGACAAUCUGGUUUCGGCGCCCCGGCCACCCCUGCUCCGGCAGCUUUCGGCGCGUCUGCCUUUGGUCAAAAACCAGCGUUCGGUCAGACCUCCACCCAGGCUGCAUUCGGUCAAUCUGCAUUCGGGCAAUCUCCCUCGACCUCGACCUCCGCAUUCGGCUCUUCUGCCAGCCCGUCAUCAGGAGGCUUUGGUGCAUUCGGAAACGCCAAGCCCGCCGCCUCGCAGACUGGAUUUGGCUUUGGUGCCUCCGCAUUUGGAGCGAGCAACACACCCAAGACGGUCGGCGCGUUUGGCGGAGGGGGUGGGGGAAGCGCUUUCGGAGCGGGGAGCGGAUUCGGCCAGAGUGGGUUUGGAGCGUCUACUUUCGGGCAGAGCGCUCAGCCUGCUGCGCCAAGUGUACCAGCCGCGUCACCUGCCGCGGGGGGUUUUGCAGGCUUCGGUCCUCAGGCGAAGGCUGGCGGCGCCGGAGCGUUUAGCGGGUUUGGCCAACAAGCAAAACCCGCAGCCCAGCCUUCCCCUCCACCAGAACCCGAGUCCGACGACAUGGGCGAGGACGACUUUGGGCUGAACAGCUUCGCGUCCGCGCUUGACACGUCGUCCAAACCUGCUGUCCCUGGGUUGAUAGACUCGCCUCCUGGAUCACCACCGACAACAAGUAGGAAACCGGGCGGUAUCGACGAUUUCGACUCUCCCCCCAACUCACCUCCUUUCCCCGGUCAGCCCAAACCUCUGCAGCAGCGGGCAGCACCGGCGAGCUCCUCGGCGUCGUUCAUCAAGCCUGCUACGGCCUUCGGGGGAUCGUCAUCCGCUUUCAGUGGCUUCGGCCAGCAAUCGACCACACCUAAGCCUGCGGCGUUUGGCUCUGGCAGCGCAUCAGCUUUCGGCUCGACGACAUCCAGUACCGCUCCAUCCGGGUCAUCCGCGCCGGCCUUUGGCGGCUCCGCGUUCGGUCAGUCGUCCAAGCCGGCAGCACCAGCGGCGUUCGGCGGAACCGCAUCCGGUCAAUCCUCCAAGCCAGCUGCGCCACCCGCAGCUUUCGGAGGAUCCGCAUUCGGUCAGUCGUCCAAGCCUGUUGCAGGGGCAUUUGGCCAGACCGCUGCGCCUGCAGCUGGUGGCUUUGGCAGCAUCAGUGGCGGAUUCGGUGGUUUCGCAGCCAAGUCCUCCGCCGGUACGCCCGCUUCGGGCGCAUCUGCUCCAGGAACGACUGGCGGUUUCAGCGGCUUUGGCGUGCAGGGAGCGAGCAAGAGCGGGUCAACUGGCGGAUUCGGAUUUGCUGCUUCGUCAGGCAGUACGGGAGGUGGCUUUGACGCCCUGUUGAGCGGCAAGGACUCCAAGCCCACGGCGACACCGAGUGCUGCCAGUGCGUUUGGCUCAGACAAGAAACCCGAUGAGCCAAAAUCUACACCAGCUCCGGCGGCGGUACAGAAAGAAGCUGUCAAAGCGCCUCUCCCAGAAACGCCCCUUUCGCCGCCUUCCUCCCCGCCAGUCGAUGUACAGGGGUACGAUGUCCCCGAGCCUGCCCCAGAACCAGCUAUCAUCCCCGCUGGUUACGGCACUCCGUCUCCUGCCGCUUCGCCCGCCAAGGCAACGUCCGAUACAUCGCCAACCCCUUCUCCAGCGCCACCCGCUUCCAAGCCGGAGGCUGCUAUACUUCCCGCCGGAUACGACAAGCCUGCUGCACCACCAAAACCGGACGAGGCUAUCCUUCCUGCUGGAUACGAUGAGCCUGGACCCACCAAGCCAGCCGUGACCGAGAAGACUCCUCCAGUCGAGGCAACCCAGACCGCUCUCCCUGUCCCCAGUACGGACUCGGUGGACAAGGCAAAGAAGGUCGAGCAGGCGGCGGCUGUUCCCAUACCCAAGGAGUACAAUGUCGAGGUCGGGGCUGCCUGGAUUGGCGAUGCAGCGGAAGAGACCGAUACGGCGGAUGAAGUGGGCGGUGAGGCUGUGGUAGUCUCUCAGCCGAGCUCGGUCGCCGCUGGCGAGGCGGACGACGAAGAUGAGCACGGGGUUCUGGUCGGUGAGGCCAGUGAGGAUACCGCCGGCGAAGACAGCUAUUAUGAGGAAAGGGAUGCCGAAGAGCAGGAAGACUACGAGGAAGAAGAAGAGGACGGAGAGGAAGACGAGGACAACGAGGAAGAGGGAUAUAGCGAAGAGGAGACACGCUCGGAGCUCUCUGCUGUCGUAGAGGAGGCAGAAGAAGGACAGGAGGAGGACGAGGAGGAGGAAGAAACGGACGUUAAGCAGGAGCCGGAGGAACAAAAGUCGGGGACGAAAUCGCCACCUGCCUGGUUCGCUUUCGACAAGCCGGCGGGGUCGAGCGGCUCCACUGCCGGAGUCCCAUCGACAGCAGCCCAGCCUGUUUCGUUGACACCUGCAACUACAUCGACCGAUCCAGCCAAAUCACAACCGGGCAAGUUCGCUUUCGCGAAUCGUCAUGCCGCACGUACGGCCUCUCCACUUGGAAGUCAGCCCCCACACAUCGCUACCGAGACAAGCACACCGCCCAUGUCGCCUUCCAAGCCAGAAACGGUCGCUCCUCCGCCCGCUACCGCUUCCUUCGCUGGAUUCGGCGUCAAGAGGCAGGAGCUGAAGCCGGAGGAGGACAUCAAGCCCUCUGGGUCGCUCUUCGUUGCCAAGAGUGAGGCGAAGCCCUUGUUCGGCUUUGGUCUGGGCAAACCUCCUGCACCGCCCGCGGCUGCACCCGUGGAGGUCAAGAAGGAGCCGGAAGCGCCUCCUCCUCUAGCGGCCAAACCAAAGGACUCCGGCUUCGCAUUUGGUAGUGCUGCUCCCGCGCCUGCACCUGCGCCAGCAGCGCCGGCGCCUUCGAAGUUUGGCGGAUUCGGAUUCGGACUUGGACUACCACCUGCUUCCGCUCAACCUUUGGCUUCCAAGCCCGCCUUCGACUUUGGGUCUUCCAAGGCAGUCGAACAGAGCGCAGCCCCUGCUGCAUCAAUCUUCGGAUCCACAGCUCUCCCAGCUGGUACGCCUUCACUGUUCAGCCCAACAGCUGGCCAGCCCGCUUCAACGGCCGUUCCCGCGAGAGCGGUCCCAUCCAUCCCGGUACCACCAGCCACGGAAUCGAGCAAGACAGCUCCUACUGGCACGCAAACCCGCAGAGAUGCUGCACCCCCAGCUACGACGUUUGCCGUCCCGGCAAGGGAGACACCGGUGGGCCGGGCGCCGCAAGCGGACGUCAAGGGAAUGGCGACCGUCGCGCACGUGAUUGAGGGCAUGAUACUCAACCUGGAGGAAGACAUCGAAUACCUGGCUAGAGUGGUUAACAGUGCGGCAAAGCAUCACGAGGCACUCCGGACGACCAACUUUGUCAAGGUGGAUGAGAAGACGCUGGGGGAGCAUAAAGUCCUGCCAUUCUCGUCGGCCAAGGAUACGUCGGCGAUCGCAGAUUCACUCUUGAAGCAGCUGAAGGAAUGGAAGGGGCAAGAUACGGGAGUGGAGCGCAAGCUGGCCGAGCUGCAAUCGCUGCUGUUGAAGACGGACAUGAGGUCUGGUCAGCUCGACCAGUUCGCUAAAGCUCGAGAAGACCCGUCUUUCGUCAAAACUAUCGAGGUCACCCAACUCAGCACACAGCAGGCGUCGGAUCAGGCGCGGAUCACCAAGGCGGUGCAGGAUGUAGAGACCGGAUUGGAGGAUCUUGAGAUGGGUCUGGCGGGACUCAAGAGGAGGGUGGAUGACGUUGCGAAGGGUAUAGCGCCUGGCUCGGCGUCUGUGGAAAGACUGGAGCGAUCCGUCAAGACCCUGGACCAGACCAUCCAAGAACGCCAGCGAUCUCUCGAUGGCCUAGCCAAGCGCUUCGGCUCGAUCGACAUCCACGCCUCUCCAUCCCGCUCCCCUGCUCGUCCUACACAUCAAUACAUCUCCUUCGAGACCCCCAAGAACAACAGCAGCUCCCCUACCAAGCGCGCCCCCAUCCCCGUUUCUGCCGAGAUCACGGCGGCAGUCAAGGCUGCUCUGGAGGAUGAUGCCUCAGCACGCCUGGCGGGCCGCCUGAGCGGGAUCAAGACCCGAAUCACCAAAGCCUCAUCUUCGCGGUCGAGCUUGUUCUCACACGCCUCGAAGCAGGCUGUACGGAUGGACGACAUCCCCGAACCCCUACCCUCCGCGCCAACGCCUAAAUCCCCCUCCGCUACUCCUUCUACCAAGGUCAAAAAGGAGGUCGUUUCCCCCUCUACCUCAUCAGCAACAGUCACCGCCCCCUCCCCCUCCCCAUUCUCCGCCUUCUCGGGGAUAACUUUCUCCCUGGAUCCUGGGCAGAUCACCUCGGUGCCGCGUACAGGAGGGAGUGGCGGACGGAAUCGCCAGCACGCGCCGGCGGCCAAGCUGGAGAUGUCGGCAUCGCCUUCGACGUCCAGUCCACCAUCUACAGGGUUUGGCGGCUUCAGCUUUGCCCUCCCAAAUACACCAACACCGAGCGGGCCGGCCAAGAAGGACGGGGCGCCGAGCGGAUUCUUUAGCCUCAGCGGAUAUAGUGCAAAGUAG